AUGGGUUGUGGUGGCUCAAAGACUUCUACGGUUGAGUUUAUUAAUGGACAGCCGACUGUUCAGGGCGAUGAAAUUGUAAAGGGUUUUAAUGAAGGAAAUGGUCUCCUCUUCCGAAUUGUUAAAACACGCGCUGGUCGCUGGGCGUAUUAUAACGAUACGUUGGAUUAUGACAUGCAUGUGAAAGUUACCUUUAGCGAGGACUGCAGAAUUAAGGCACUUGGACAAACGAGACUUGAGAAAUUGGAAAGCGGUGAAAGUGUGGCAACUGUUGUGGUAAAACCAUGCGCAACAGAAUUAUUUAUUGAAGGACAUGUGAAUGGAUAUAAGGCAAAAAUGGAUGCCAUUCCCAUUACUGAUGGAGACAGGCAAUAG